AUGAUCGGCAGAUGGUUCGUCGGAUUCGUCGUGUUCGUGGGCUACCUGUGCCUGGGUGCUUUCGUGUUCUACCGGAUCGAGCGCAAGGAAGAGGAGUUUCAGCAUUCCUUGGACAUUAUCGAACGACUCGAGCUCAAAGAACUGCUUGCGAAACAUUACACGACAAUAAAUGCUCACGUGCGAAAGCAGUUCGCCCAACAGUUGAACGUGUACUGCAACAAAACGGUAUUGGACGAAGGACCGGAAGAACCUCACCAGUACCAAUGGACAUACUACAACGCAUUUUUUUUCGCUCUGACCACGCUGAGUACGAUCGGUUAUGGAAAUCUGCACCCGACUUCCGGUACCGGACGCAUACUGGUGUUGGUGUACUCGUUGAUCGGCAUCCCCCUCAACGGUAUCGUGUUGACUCAACUGGGAAGCUUUUUCGAAUCCAGAAUUCUCCGAGCUCAUUACAGCUACAAGACGCAAAGGAUGAUGGGACCCCAACUGAGCCUCAUCCUGGACAUAGUAACGUACCUGAUACCCGGAAUAAUUGUCUUCAUCUUCCUCCCAGCUGGCAUCAUAUCCUUUUUUGAAGAGUGGACGUUCGACGAGAGCGUAUACUUCACCUUUGUCACGUUGACCACCAUAGGCUACGGAGACUACGUCGCCGGGCAGAAAGUCAACACGGGAAUAUCGUACGAUGCGUACAAGGUGUUCCUGGUGUUUUGGAUCAUGUUCGGUCUUGGUUACCUGUUCAUGAUACUCAGCUUCAUAUCGAGGGCGAUGCGGUCCAAGACGCUAGAACACCUGUUCCUGGAACGGCUCAAACAAACCCACUCGAAAAUCUGGCACCAGUUCACCAAGGAUGUCGUGUACAUCAGACGCGUGCUUAACGAGUCGUACCUGUUGAAGUUUAAACCAGUGUACAAGAAAGAGGCGUCGUCACGUGACCAACCUCUGAGGCGGAGCCGGAGCGCGCCGAACCUGACAGAGUGGCCGGUGUUGUGUAAGGCUCCGGUGGCGGUGCCAGCGGCAUGCCGGACGUCCGAGGACGAGGACGAGGAGGCGGUGCGAAAGCGGUUCGAGAAGCACCGGAUGAAGCGCCGGCGAGCCCUGUCCCAAAACAAGAUGCGCUCGCUGCUCCGGCGCACCAAGGCCACGUCCGAGAUUGACUUGGCGCACAUCGACAAGGAGGCCACGUUCGGCGCCGACAUAGCGUCCUACGAGAUCCUGUCCCGGGUGGUCGACGCCCUGGAGACGGCCGUGCCCAACCAGCCGGGCGACCACCAGCACCAGCAUCAGCACCAGCACCAGCAGCCGCAGACCGUCCAUCACCAUCUGCAUCCGGAUGCCGCGUAUUCGAGUAAGAAAAAAGCGUUGUCAUUCUCCGAGGGCGUGCAUGGGUUCACGAACGAGGACAUACUGGCCGGUGAAAAGAACGAGUGGACAGUCGGCGGUGACAUGCUGAACAGGGAAAACACGUUCGGGCCCAAACACAGAAAUUCGUAUUUCGAGUACGACACAUGGGGUGGAGGUGAUGACCAAAAUUUCAAAAAGUUCAACGAGUACACGAAACAUGGUAAUGGUGGCCAGAACAAGCCACGGGUACCGAAGCUGCGUCGCAUGUCAGCAGCCGCGUUUAACUUUCUGUCCAACAACAUCGCACCAAAGUGGUUUGCUGACAAGCUGGCCGACGGAAGCGGUGGUGGCGGUGGUCAGACCUGGAACGACGACCCCAGACACAGGCUGUCGCUGAACGACGACCAAGGUUACGGUUACGGGUCCACGUACAAUGGUACGGCGGCGGUCAACCGCACCAGCGCACCGGUACAGUAUCAACACCGUGGGUCACACGGCCUGCAAGUGGUGCAAGACCCGCAAGUGUACGGAUCGUCAGCCCCCGAAAACCCGCGACACCGGCGGCUGUCCAGCCCGGACCCGGUGCUCGCACACUGCGCCAACACCAUCGCCGUGGCUGACUUUCUGAUGACGUUGCAGCGGUCACUUGACGGUUCGUCCGUCACGGGACAGCAGCCUCAGCUGUCGUCCGGAACUCACCAAGCGGCUAACCGGUCAGCGGUCACCGGUGGCGGAUUCGCAUCCGUCAUCCGUCACGAACGUCGGUCACCUCUUUUCACGCUGUUCCAGGACAGGCCACGGCGGGAGUCUGGCGAAUCGUGGCAGUACUCGUCGCUGACGUCCAUCGUGUCGUCCACGUCGUCCACGGUGGCCAACGCGACGACGACGACGCCGGUCACCGACGACAGUACCAUAAACGCGGUCCACGAACAGCCCAUGGCUGCGACAACCACGAGGAGGUCAAAGAAGAAGCGCACUAGACGGUUCUCGAUUAGACCAACAGUGGGAACGGCAGAACCCAACGGCGGCAUCCGGUGUUGGACGACGUCCGGAACCAAUAACACCACCUGUAGUACCACCGACGAAUCCACCCUCAAGGGAAGAGGAGCCUCAACGGGACCGGGUGAGGGAUAUAUAGGAGCCGGCGGAGGAGACGUCCGACUGAACAUCGAAGACUGA